ACGAAGGGAGGGGUGUGUGUACAGGACUGACAUUAGACGAGAAAGAAAUAAUCCGCGCUGGUUAAACGUUUGCAAACUACAGAAAUAAGAGGACGGAGAGGCGGAGACACUGGGAAAGCACGGAGAAAAAACUUAUACGGACUUUUUACUAUUGUUUUCUUAUAUGGAAUAUAGUGUUUUACCACUAUGAUGGCUAACGCUCGGAAGUAAAAAGAGCUACAGAAAGUUUUAUGCGGCAGAGAGGAGUUGGCGGCGGAGCUGAACAAACGACAAUGUAGGCAGCGCGGACGCUCCACUUAUGGGCUCUGAGGCAGUGGAGGACUGCGUCCAGGGGGCGUUGUCGUCCCUGUACCCCCCAUUUGAAAGCACUGCCCCCCCUCUGUUAUCACAGGUGUUCUCUGUACUGGAGUCAACCUACCAGCAUGACAGUUUGCGAUACCUCCUGGACUACUUCAUCCCAGCUAAGCACCUACUGCAUAAGCUACAGCAGCAUGCAUGUGCUCAGUACCUGGGCUGCCUCUUUCUGCACUCUGGCUGGCCCCUCAGCCUAGGCGAGAAGGUGGUGGUGCAGCUCUCCACCGUGGACUGGAGGCUGCUGCGCAGCAACGAUUUCUACCUGCAGGUGGUGCCCUUCUCCACGCGAUGCCCUCGCCUGGCUCUCAAGUGCCUGGCCCCAGGGGGCCGUAAUGUGCAGGAGGUCCUUGUGCCCGAGUCCCAGCAUGCCCUGGUGUUCACCCCUGAGUGGCUGCAGAGCAUCAACAAGGAGCGGGGAUGCGUGAGAGGGGCUGGAAAGCUGGACACUUGUCUGGUCAGCACCUGUGACGGAGUUAUCCGACUCCCAUGGGAAGAUGUGGUCUAUCCCAAAUUCCUCUACCACGAAAGUGGCAAGUCUGAUGACUCUACCAGCCAUGACUGGGGCUCGUCCUGUGACCUGGACUCCUUGUCCUGGGAUGAGGAGGAAGAGGAAGAGCUGCCUCCAGAUGGCGAUGCAGUAGAUGCUGGGGGCGAGUAUGUGGAGCUACUGGAGAUGCGGGGAGGUCCAGAUGGUGGGGCAGAUCCUAAGCGGUACCUGGAAAUGCAAGGGGCAGGCAAAACCAAGACCCUGCCACUAUGCCGGAGGAGUCGGGCUGUCAGACUGCGGCGUGGAAAGGUCUGGGACCAUGGCAAGCAUGACACCAUGGGUGCCACAAGGUCCUCUGGCAACCCUACACAUAAGGAGAAUCCUAACAGAACCAGUCGAGGUAGAGAGGUAGUUGCGGCUGGAGAUGAUAUGAUAUCACGCCCUGCUCCUCAAGUGAUUGAUCUGCCAAGAGACAGAAACCCUGAUCCUUCACUCCUUCAAUCAUUAAAUGAGAUGGAUCGACCUGGACGGGAUGUACUCGGUCCAAGCGGAGCUGAGCUACCUUCAGUGGGCUUUACACAGGAGAGGAAGCCUGGAGUUGGGAGGGAGAAGGAAGGGUCUGGGAGCUCUGAGGCCUUAUGCAGAUUCCAACGAGGAAUGGAGACAGAAACUAACGAAAAUCUGAGGGACAAGACAGGCCCUGAUGUGGAACCCGAAGGGGAGCAUAAUAAUAACCAGGACAAGCUGUCAAAUUCCAGCUGUGCUAUAGAGGAUGUUCAGGUGCUUACAGAUGAUGCUCACAGUGGGGUAAGGAAUGCUGAAGGGCCAUCAGGAGAGUUCCGUGGAUCUCUCAUGCAGUCAAGUACAGAACAACACAACACAGGUCCGACAAAUCAAGACAGUUCUGCAGCUCAAAUGGACAGAGCUACACAGCAUGAAGAACCAGCAAACUCAGAAAAGCCACUUUUGAAUUCCAGUACUCCAACUGCGCCAGACAACACCUUGUUUUCCCAGCCUGGUUCAGAAACUAGUCUGACUACAGUCAUACCAUCUCAACAUGAUCCACAAACUGAGCUAAACACAACCUCUUCCCAUCAACCUGGUUCUGAAGCUCUUGUCAAAACAAUCCAAUCGUCACAACCUGCUCCUCAAACAGGUCCACAGCCAGCCCCAGCUUUGAAAGUGAAGGGGCAAACUAAAAUACUCAGGGAUAAAGAUGUCGUCAUGGAAAAAGACGUGAAGGUGGCAGAGUUCCGAGCACACAGGAAGAAGAGGAAAGGAAAAGGUGGCAGAGCAAAGAUCAAGCCUACUGGAUGCCUCACUCAAGAGGGUCCAGACCAGCCCCCUGAAAAGCUUCCCAAUAAAAGUUCUUCAGAUGACACAAGAUCUAAGCCAACUCCCACUGCAGAUGACCAACAGGAACAUGUUCCUGCAGAGAGGGAGGAAGUGUUAGUGACAGCCAAUCAGGGCACUGAAGAAAUGGAAAUUAAAAAGAAUGGUGGAGAUGAUCCGAGCAUAGAAUCAAAAACACGUUCUGACGAAAGCAGCAAUGCAAGCGCAUUGUUAUCUGACCACUCUUCAAAACAAGCCACUGACCACUCAGGAGAUUCUUCUAGUGCAGCCCCUUGCCUGCUGAAAGACCUGGACACCGAGCUCCUUGAGUCUGAAACACUUGCAUUGACAGGUACAGCAGACAGAUUGGGGCGUCCUCUCAUCAUCAUGCGGGUCCCAAACGAUGGUUACAGUGAGGAGGAGCUAUCCCGCAUCCUCUCCUGCUAUCAUGCCAUUACUCGCCUCUGGGCUCAGGAUAAAGGACUGACUGUGGUAGUAGACAGCAGAGUCUCCACCCCCAAUGCUGUGUGUCUGGCAGCUCUGCAGCGCUUCCAGGACCUGAUACCAGGGGGCCUGGGAUGCAAACUGGUUCUAACAGAUGAAAAACAGGAGUCCAGCCUCCCGCACAUCGAGGGUGUUGAGGUGCACAUUGUCAAGGGGUUGGGGAUCCUGCAGCAGUAUGUGGAUCGGCAGCAACUCCCGGUUGCUCUGGGUGGAGACUUUCCGCACUCUCAUUCGGAAUGGCUGGCCUACAGACUGAGGUUGGAGCGUUUGACUGAAUGGUGCAGGAGUGCCCUCUCUCUGUUGGGGCAAGCGUUGCACUCUCUGGAUACUGAGCCUUUGCCACAAUGCACGAAGAUGGUAUCAUUCUGUGUGGAGAAACACAAAAAGCUCAUGAUGGAUGUCCUGGCUGACCAAAGGUUGACUGAGCUGCAGAAAGUGGGCGGAGCUUGGUUGGCAGGACUGACCAAUCGUGGGUCUGGGCCAGCACAGCGAUCAACUGACUGCAGGGCCGCCCUCGCUGCAACCACUGAGCUCUACAACAGUGUGGACGACUCUCUACACCGACUGGUCCGCGUGUCCAACGAGAGGGGGCGUGACCUGGAUGCCCUCGGGAAGCUGGUAGCACUUGAGGAGAGAUUAAACAAGUGUGAGAAGGAGCUGGAGCAGGUACAGGAACAGCUCGAGGAGUUCAAGGACACCCCUCUGUCUCUCUCCAUGCUGUCCCUCAAACAGCAGAAGUUCAAGGCCUUCAGAGAGUCAGCUAUGGAGCUGCAAAGAGAAACCCAUUCUGUACUGGGAGAACUGGAGAGUUGGGCAGAGCUGGAGUGGGCAGGACUUGGCGUGGUGCUGGAGCGCUUGCAACCCGUUAGGGAGCGUCUGCGGGACAUGUCCCACUGUCUGUCUGACUGCUGGACCCAGCUGGACAGCACUCAGAGACUGCUGUCCACACUCACAGAGGCCUCGCAGUGGUGCGAUGCUGUGUCAGCCUCCCCAGGACCCCCCACUGCCUCUCCACUGGCCUCCCUCCCACCAAUCCCACCUUCACGCUUCCAGGAUGCCCGGGCACUGGCUCUGGAGCUGGGGGGUGGGCCACUGCUGGAGCUAUGGUCCCGCACAUUGGAGCGGUACCAGCGCACGCUGGCUCAGUUCAAGACCCGACUGUUGCAGGCUCCGCCCCCGGCUCCGCCCCCACCCCGGCCAAAGGCCGCCUCAUCCUCCAGCAUGUGGGACCUACUGAAUGCGGAUGGGGAGAUGGAGGGCGAGGGGGAUGGGGACUGGGGAGGCCUGCAGUCCUGGGGGUCCCUAGCUUCACUCUUCCGUCCACAGAACUGCUCAACGCUAAAGAUUGGAGAGGAACGAAAGAAAGAUGGAGCGGCGGGAGGGGGAGGAAAGUUCCUGCAAGCUCUGUUGCAUCCAGCCAAGAAGAGCCCACCAGAAGCCCCCCUUCCUCCCAAGCCUCCCCGUAAACGUCACCCCAGCUUCGACCUGCAGGCUUUGCUUGCCCCUCGCCGCACCCCCACCAAUUCCCGCCCAGCGGAGAUACCUGGAGCGGCCAGUCGUAACUCACCCAUGUUCUGGUUGGGUCGCAAGGCAUUGGUUGACCCCAUCCUCAAUACCAGCAUGGCCGCCGCCCUCCCCGUGGGUGGGGCGGCAGUGGGGGCUGGGAACGUGCUCAUCCGAGGGGUGGAAGUCAGUAGCAAGGAGGUGGUGGACCACACGGGAUCGCCACGGCAGCAUGUGCUUCUGUUCAGGACUGAGAGAGAAACUGGGGGAGAAAGACAGGGAGCUACUACCCAGAGUAAAAUCUAUCACCUUUGGUGUGGGCUUCUCAGCUCUGAGAGGCAGUAUGUGGCAGUGCUGAAAGGCGUGGAGGAAAGCUACCAGCCCCUGUUAGACUGUCCCGAGACCCCCGCACCUCUCCGAGGAAAGUGGGAGGCCCUCUUCUCCAACUGGAGCAGUCUGAGCUCUUUCCACGCACAGCACCUCCUCCCUAACAUGGAAGGUGCUCUCACACAAACUCUGCUGCUGCAAGACAGUUUCUGUAAAUUUAAGGAGGAGUUCCUCCAGUAUUCUCACUACAUCAGGACCAGGCCAGACCCAGACUCAAUGCUGAUCAGUCAGGCGUCAGAUUUCUUCAAGGCCAAGCUGCCCGCUCUGUCCCCGCUUUCCCCCCUGGCCUUCCCACAAUGCCUGACGGCACCCACACAGCGACUGGCUCAGUACUGCGAGGUCCUGGAGGACUUGGGCAGUCUGAACAGUGCCUCGGAGGCGGCACUCUCCACCCUCAGGCUCAUCCAACGACACGGCGAGGACCUCCGCGCCAGCGACCUUAUCGCGGGAUGCCCGGUUCCCUUGGCAGACAGGGGCGAGCUGGUCCGCCAGGGGCAGCUUCUGGUUUGUGGAGCCGCCCGGCGGAGGAAAGCCGGUCUGCGUAGCAUCUUCCUCUACCAGCAUUAUCUCAUCCUCACCAAGACCAAGAAUUCCAGCCUGGGCCGCACGAUGCACAGCUUCAAGCACAGCCUUAAGGUGGGGGAAAUGGGCCUAACCCAGAGUGUGGGGGAAGAAGGUGUGAAGUUUGAGGUGUGGGUGCGACAAGCGUCCCGUACGCGUGACUGCCUCACCCUGCAGGCGCCAUCACCUGACGAACGAGCGGCUUGGACUCACGACAUUGCUCAGCUGCUCUGGACUCAUGCCAUGCACAACACGGAACUGUGCCUGAAGGAGAGUCUCUGCAUGGGGGUGUCUAGCAAACUUCUGCUUGAUGUGACUGGAGCGCACAGCGUGUCUGAAUUAGACUCUGGCUGCUCCCUCAAUGACAGAGUUCAGAGCAGCUGCUCAGACUCCUCCUCAGUAGGAAGUCAUAAGGAGGGGGGGUCGCCAGCUUCAGGAAGGGAUUCACAAAUAAAUUUUGGACAAACAGGACAAGAGCAGAACUCAUCUCCCUCCACCGCUGUGUAAUCCUUAACUCCACAACAACCCCCCUGUUCCACAAUAUAUAUUGUGGAAUGAAUCAAACUGGAAAUGGCUGGAAAAGAAGAGUUAAAGACGUUUGGUGGGAAGCAACACUGGAAGCGCAAAAAUCCACCGAGCUCCCCCCAGUGGUGGCCAUUUUGGUUGUACGCAUCACAGUUGCUCAAGUGCCAACUGAAAUUGGAGCCUCAUCCCUGCACUGGCAUCUCAUUGUUACUGGUCCAAUUAGAAGAAAAAAUUCUGUUGCCACUGGUCUCCGGGUCCAUUAACUGGUUCACUGGACAGAGCUUUUAUUUUGUGUUUAUAUCAACACCUGUUACAGUAAAUGUUUGCACAACAGGAAAAGGCUAGGCCAGGAAACUACAGAGGAGAUUGGUAACUCUAGUGCUGCCUGUCAGCUGAGGAGGUAGAUGUAACAAAGGUCCUAAAAGGAUCUAUGUAUAAUGAUCUGUGACAAACAGAGCAAACAGCCACAUCCAGAAGAGAUAAGGAUCAAUACCAUGACACUUACUAAGCACAUCAGAGUGCAGCUUUUAUUGUCGUUCCCUGCAGCCCAUCUCCGGUAAAUGCCCAGUCCUACAGUAAGUAAACGAAUGCUCAGACUUCAAAACACAGAGAAAAUAGUGCCUAUCGCUGUGUGAUAUUUUCCACCAAAGCACUGAGGAAUAACUGUUGUAACUUUCCUAGUGAUCAGGGAUCACAUGCGAGAAGGAGACCCAAAUCUUCAGCAUGCUUCCUAAUGAGAGGGCAGGCCAGGCUGCCUGGGGCAGGCCUUCGCCUCUUGCUUGUAGGCUCCCAGCAAGACCUGUUUUAUUCAGACGGAUAAAUUUGUAUAUUACAAAGAUCCUGACUUCUCUGGUUUCUUAGCAAUGAAGCAUAAAAUGUCAAUUAAAGAAAGAAUGAAAAUUGGACUGGAACGAGAGCUGUCCAUAAUGCCGACUGUGAAGGUUGUUUUGUGCACAGAGUGCAUGGAAUAGUGGGAUGCUGAGGAUAGUGUUACCUGUAAUAUUUUUGAUUGAAGGACAGAAAAUAUUGGAUUUCUUUUUUUGUUUUUUUUUGCAGCUGAACAAACAAAACCAGUUUUUGCUGAUGUAUUUACUGCUUUAUAAGGCAGUAAAUAUACAAGGUGAUGUAUAAAAAAAUGAUCUGCUAGACUUGAAGUUUUUUGUUAGGCUCGUUCUAGCUAAGCCCAGGGUUUUGCAAAACUUUUCAAAGAAUUCUUUAAAAUAGUGUGUAUAUGUGCCUAAAUGAACAACAGUCAAACCAAAGGAAAAAUAACCAAAAGAAAAGAGAAUAUGCACAGGUGGUAGCACAAUAAAAUCAUUGUUAUUGAUAAUUACUGAAAACAGAACAGACUUCUACCCUUGUUGUAUUUAUCCAUAUUUUGGUACAGACAUUGAAAAUGGAGGGCUGCCAACCUGCUUACGAAGCACAUUGUACCGUUUGUCAACAAACGGAAUUCAGCAGAUGUGGCUUAGCUGCUGACAACUGGUUAUGUUUGGUAAUGAGGUUUUUUUUUUCUUCUUAACCACCAUUUAACAGUGUUGUUUUGCUGAAUAUUAUCAUAGUACUGAACAUAACUGUAUUCGCCUAACACUGAACGGAGCAGUGUUAUCAUAGCAUAUCGCUACAGUGCAGCAGUACUGAUGUAGAGUGUAACACAGUAGUAUUAGCGUAGCGUAGCGUAGCUAUACCUUGAGCUGCAGUAUUAACCUCAGGACAUUGGGGUGCAGCCCAAAGGAUUUGACUAUAUAUUAGAAGCAUACACAUCGGUACAAGAACUACAAAUGUCAGUAACAUUUUUGCGCACUGUCUUGUAUGGAUACAGUGCAGAGUCGCGCAGUGUUUGACCCACUCUCAGUCCCUUCUCAUUUUACUAAUGGAUAUGACCAUCCUUGAGAGCCACUAACUCUCCUGCUGUGUGUGACCGGUUCAGAGUUCUCCCUGUUUACCUGCAGAAUUUAAUCAGCUCUGAGCUCUUCUUACUCACCAGCAGUGUAAUUGUCUCUGAGGUCUGCUUGAUAACCAGUAGGGUUUGACUUGCUGCUUAAAGUGAGGGAAAUAAGCUUGCUCAAAUUGUGGAGGUACUUACAUUUAAAUUGAAAGUUUGCAAAGAAAAUUGGAAUUGCAGAAAAUUAGAAUGCAGAAAAGCACCGAUAAUUGGCAGUAUUUUGUUAAUCUAAAAUUGUACUGUCCAUUUUUGUGGCUGUCUUAUCACAGUCGGUAACUUUAAGUUGUUAAAUUCCAGAAAAUUUUUCAAAGUACACAGAUUUUCUGAUAAAAUUUGGGGUGGAUUCCUACCACAGUAAAAAUUAGGAGUAACGUUUGAUUAACCAAUCAGAUAUUAUCUUGUAAUGUACCCAUCAUUUGCAUUUUCACGUAUCCAUCAUUUCAGAAAAAUUAAUAGCCAAUAUGUGCCUUAUUUAGCUAUAUUUAAGGAGCUUUACCGCAGAUUACAUUUUAUUUUAAUCAUAUUCAGUGUACUGUAAAUAUGAUCUGUUGCUUAAUAUCCUUUGUUCCUAUUCAAUUGUUUUGUUAUAUAUAUAUGUCUGUGUUUACAUUUUAAAACAUUUUGUCAGUCUUUUGACAGAAUGUUUGCAUAUGAUAUUCUGCCUGAUCAUUGUUCUGUAUUGUCUUCAGUUUAAACUGGAAAUCCAAACUGGGAGACGGAAUGUUAAAGAAGUAAUUAAAAUAAAGCGAAACAAAGCAAACA